GACAAAACAACUCAAGCAGACUUUGUUGUUUUGGAUCGAGAGAGUGAUCGAUUUUUUGGUAUAUCUGCUGAGAAACUAUUCCAAGACAACGAUCGAAUGAGAGGACCACCACCUGCUCAUCUACUACAAAUUGAGGGAAUGACGCUGAAAUUCGACAUCAAGCUCACUGAUUAUAACAUCGCAAACCCAACAAGUGAGUACACAAUUUGGAAGAUAGGGCUGGAGGAUGAUAACAAAAACUCAAACGAUCACCCUGAAUCAAUUGAGGAGAUCGAAAAUGGCAUUGGCAAUGAUGCGGUGGCUAGAAUCGGUGUAACAAAUGAUGAUGCUCUUGAGAAGAAUGUGGAGUCUCCUGAUAUUGAACCAAAACAGAGGACUAAUGGAGAAGAAGACUUCAAUACCGGUGGAGAUGAUGAUGUUGCUAAUGACAAAGGAAAUGCAAACAAACUAAAAAGAAAACAUAGAGUG